CCUUGUACGUUAUUAUGGAUUUGGUUUCUUCUUCAGUUGGACAAGUAUCGUUCCUCUCCGCAGACAGCCAUGAAAAUGAAUCAAUGGUUGAGCAUGGAAAAAACAUAUGUAUGUACGGGAAAGGAAAGGAAAUUGCCUUGAGGAAAAAGAGAACAAAAAACGAAACAUCCAAUAUUAGCAAAUCGACUGGCCGUUUCUGUAUUACUGUUGCUCCCAAAUGCUUCCUUCUCAAGUAUAAACAUGACCUUCCUUCGUCUUCAAGAUUCAACAUCAGAGAGCGAAAGCAGCGAAUUGACAUUAUCAGAAAAUGGGUAAUAUGUUCUUCUGCGGAUGCGUAGGUCAAUCCAGCGUCGGUAUAGUUGAAAGGUGGGGAAGGUUCGAGAAGUUAGUCGAGCCCGGUUGCUACGGUUUUAACCCUACCGACGGCAUCUAUCUCGCCGGAAAACUCUCCACCAAGUUAAACUCAAUUGAAGUUCGUAUCGACACUAAAACCAAGGAUAAUGUAUUCGUUCAACUUCUUUGCUCAAUCCAAUACCGUGUUGUCAAAGAAAAUGCACAUGAUGCUUUUUAUCAGCUAGCAACCCCGAAAGAACAGAUUCAAUCUUAUGUCUUUCAUGAGGUUCGAGCUCAUGUUCCUAGGCUGAGUCUCGAUGAGCUCUUUGAGCAAAAGGGUGAGGUUGCACAGGCUGUUUUACUAGAACUUGCAAAGGUUAUGGGUGCAUAUGGUUACCACAUGGAGCACAUUUUAGUUGUUGAUAUAAUACCAGACCCUAUUAUUCGCGACGCUAUGACCGAGAUCAAUGCAGCUCAAAAACUUCAGCUUGCAAGUGUAUACAGAGCGGAGGCAGAGAAGAUUCUUUUAGUAAAGAAAGCGGAGGCGGAUGCAGAAGCCAAGUACCUUGGCGGAGUUGGUGUGGCGAGGCAGAGACAGGCCUUAACUGAUGGUCUGAGGGAGAACAUCCUUAACUUUUCCCAUAAGGUGGAAGGAACCUCUUCAAAGGAUGUCAUGGACCUUAUCUUGCUCACACAGUAUUUCGAUACCAUAAGGGAUAUUGGAAACUCGUCCAAGAACACUACUGUCUUUAUUCCUCAUGGUCCCGGUUAUGUUGGGGAAAUUGGUGACCAGAUUCGUAAUGGCUUGAUGGAAGCCUCAGCCGCCCAUAUCAAUGAUUAGUUUCUUUUUUAAGGGAUGAAUCUGAAUGAGAUUAAUUCAGGUAGUAACUAUAGUAUAUAAAUUAAGUGUGCUUUUUUGUGCUUGCCUUUAUAUUGGCAACUUUGUUUCUAUUAUUGUUUUGUAUGAACUUCUUCAAUAUAUGUUCAAGAAUGAUGACUAUUUUAAUGAUAGUCACAAUUAAGUGUUUUAA